ACAUGGGACAAAACAUACCAAUGUUUUCCGCAUGUUAGGGCGUUUAAUUCCACCUCACCUGCUACAAAUUUGGGUUGGGUUAAGAUUCAUUUUAUUGCUCUAUGUUCUUUUCUAAGGGGAAGUGCAGCCGUGGCCUUUUUUUCGUUUUUCUCAGCCCUUUUCUUUUGGUUUAAUGUAAAGAGCGACGGUUAACACUUUGAUAUGUAUCCAUGGUCAAAAACGAAACGACUGCUUAUUUGCAAGUUUGCAACACGGUCUUUCCGACUGCAUGUGGCUGAGCAGAAUCAACAGGCAGAGCUCGCCGCUGCCAUGGAGACGGCCGUUUGUACGACAGCCUCACUGCGCUUCUGACCAAAGAUCUUUGGUGGAGACCGACCGGCCGAGAGGCAGCCGCACCACCACCAUGAUGGAGAUAGUGGGCUGAGUGACAGCCUCAUCGCCGCGGCCGGCGACAGCGCCGAACAAGAGUGGCUUCAGCAGAGUGGAGCAGAGAAAAUCCUGUAAUGGAGUCGGGUCAGGACCAGGCUGAUGGGCUACAAAGCAGGAAGGAUGACUUAAUUAAUUUCAGCAUCCCUGUGGAUUAUUCUGUCGAUUGUACAAGAAAUCAAAGCGAAAGGUUACAGGCAAAUGACCCUUUAGAACUAUUGCAUAGUGGGACUAUGGAUACCCAUUACAGCAUGUGUAGUAAGAACACACCCGGUGACUUAGAGACCAACACUGUACCACAGACUGACAAGGUUCACCUGGACGAUGCCAUCUCAAGUACUACAGUCACUGUCUCUUAUGUUAAUCGGUCCCAUCUGUUCUCUUCCCAACGGAUUCUACAGCAUUCCUUGCAUGAGCAGCCAUUGCCAUCACUCUUUAUUCCUUCUAUGUGUAUGCAGUCACAGCAGAUGUUGUCAGCCUCAUUUGAUUCUUCUGCACCUACCAAUUUUGUUGACUCAACAUUUGAGACUUCUGUUUUAGCACAAUCUGGUGAAUUAGAAUCCAUUAGAGGACUUGAAAACGGAAUUGACUGCAGCACUGUGAACCAGCAUAGACUAAAGGCACUGGACCUAGACUUGCCUUUAGUGGCGACCACUGUCCAUGAAUCAGAUAAUCCACUAGAACAAAGAUUAAAUACGACAGAGGAAAUUCUGUAUGAACAUUCUAGUGCUUCGUCUGAUAUUGAAAUGCAGGACUCUGUAUGUGAGUUUUCUGGAGAAAUGGGUGAGGAAAGUAAAUGGAUUGACUCUGUAAGUUCUGCUGAAACUCUUGUUCAAAACUUAGAAAUGCAGGUAAUGAAACUGACUCAGUCAGAGCACAGACCAAACAACAGUGAACAGUGUGAAAGCAAAAACCUGCUGGGCAGGAUGGACCACUCUGAAAUGCAAAAUGGUACUGAUGUUUUUACUGGGAUUAAAACCUCUAGCAGCCAACAUACAGAUAGGAAGCUUCAGCCCAUGUGCAACUUAAACAAAAGUUACAAAGAUCAGACCACAAUGACAAUAAAAACAGAAAAUAUUGAAUUUUCGGCGGCAGCAGUACCAGCUAAUUCCGAAGAAAGGCUAAGUGGAAACAAUUUUAAUGAAACAUGUCCAAAAGUGGAACCACCUUCCACUUCCAUGCAAUCGUCACAAAGUUUAAGUGCAGAUAUUUACAAGAGGGCAGACACAGAAAGGAUCGGGACCAACACAACAUCAGGUUACAAAGUGGCUCCCAAUGCAUGCAGCAGUGAUUUCUUGCAAAAUUCAGAAGAAAUUAUAUGUACUUCAGGUGACAAUGCAAUCUUUCAAACUGAUAAUUUAUCACAACAAAGUAUAACAAUUGAAGAAUGUUUGCAUGUGCAAGAAAUAGCUUUAUCAUUUGACCUAAAUAAUGAAGAACUGUAUUGUUCAGGAAAGGAUGGCAUAGCCACUGAAAAUAGCAGUGCCUUGCAGGACAGCUGCAGCUCCACAGAUGAUAUAUUUUCUCCAUCCAGUGGAAAUCUGGCAUCAAAUAUUAAAGUAACUGAACAGUCUCCAUAUCAUGAAAGCAAUUAUAGAAAAUCACCAGAACAAACUUCUGCUAAUGACACAAAUGAUAACAUCCUAAUGGGUGAACCAAAUUUGAUCCCUGAAUCGUUGCAGAUAGUUAACAAUGUACAUGCGACCAGCAGAAAUUCAGGCUCAUUCAAUAAAGAAAUGCUUCCUUCCUUGGCAAAGCCAUCAGCUUUAGAAAGUAGUCAUCCUAGGAUAAAGCCGUGCUCUCUUGAAUUGCAUAAACUAAAUGUUCUUGAAACUGAGGGAAAAUACGAUGUCCGGGGAUACGUGUUGGAUCUGAAAAGAAAUAACGUUGCUUCAAUGUCAUGCAGCAUUUCUAUGAGUCUAUCUUUAUCCAAGUCGGGCAAGAGUAUUCAUGAAGAAGAGGCAGAACCUGGUGAGAGCUCCAGUAGUGAUAAUGUAUGUAAGGUCUUGUCUGUCCAGACAGAGCAGCAAAUUCCAAACAGGAGAAAACAGACCAUUGUGGCCAAGUAUGAGGACAGUGAAGUAGUUUACAUCUCGGAUGAGGAAGUUAUUAUUUGUUCAGAUGCAAAGACUGAUGAUCAACAGGACUGGAACCGGCCUCCAGUUCGGGAUAAUAAGAAGAGGAAGAUGGCAUGUCAACAGCAUUUGAAUCCGACAAAUGAAGAUCGGCCACUCCAGAAUGCCGAACCCAAGCCUUUUGAAAGGAAGAUUUUGCCACCGAGGCAGAGGGGAAUGAAACUGGAGCAAAUUGUGCAAAAUAUGGUGACUCAACCCAAGUCAAAAGCACCUAAUAACCUUGGUGAGAGACUGAGAAGAAGUAGGGAUGGGCCAAUUCCUACUCCUACCAGGUUUCAACCACCGAGACGCAAGUCAUCUGGUUCUGUGGCAGAACAUAAGUCCAAAGGCUGUUCUGGAUCUCUUCCUUGCAUCAAGGAUUCUUCACAAAAAAUGAGUUUAGAAUGUAAAAUGCAAGAACAAUAUGAGGCGAACCCAGGGGAAACUAGCUCACCAACUGUGGAGAAACCUAACAGAUAUAAAUCUACCUCAAUUCCAGCAUCCUGCCACGGACGAGCAACAAAACUGACCACUCCAGUUUCUUCCGGCAAGUCUUUAUGCAAUGCAUCGUCAUCUUCAAAGAAGUCAAUGGAGCCUCAUCGGGAUGAGCAUACUUCUAGUGAAAAGCAUAGGUUUGGUGAGCCUGAUCUCAAAUGUCUAAAUGGUAACAGAAGGAAACAUUCAAGAAGCUCCAGGAAUGCCUCGGAGUCCAAGAACUGUGUGUCAUCCCGGCCACGAUCUUCCCAGCCAACAACACGGCACACAGUAAGGAAGAGAACACAUAAAUCAGCAAGUAAAAAGCGGCAGUCACAGCGGGGACAGCCUUCAAUGUUCUUUGCACCAGAAGAACCUGAGAUAAAAUUAAGAGCCUUGUCUCUUAAGGCUGAGGACCGUCGAGAAAGAUAUAAUAGUUUUUCACCUUAUGUUAGGGUAGAGUCUAAAGAUUAUUCAAUGUGUACAGUAGUAAACUAUCCCGAAGAGGAUAAUAAUAAUCUUAAACAAAAGAAACAUUCCUAUCAGCAGUCUCAUGGUGCAAUUCCAAAAUCAUCUUGUUUGACACUAGGCCCUGUAAUAAAUGAGGCGGCUCAUAAAAACUUUCUAGUCUGCUGUCUUUGUGGCUUGUCUGCAAAUGCAAUGGAGCAAGGUGAUCUUUUUGGACCUUUCUAUCCGAGGGGAUAUACAUCAAACAACCAGACUUCCCGAUCAAAAGAAGCAAAGACUGAGCAAAUUAGCACUGUUGUCUCUGGCUCUGCUUGUAAUUCCAUUAGGAUUGCAGUAAAUAAAACUUCUGGACAAAACCAAGAUUUGAGGAUGAGAGAAGGAGCAACGACUCGUGGCCAGAAACGUAGAAGUGUUGAUGGUGUCGAAGAGACCUCAAAAUGUUCAGAAAGUAAGAAGGCCAAGAGUGAGCCAACUUUGGAAGAGUGGUACCAGCCCCCAUUGGUCGCAAUGGAUGCUAAUGAAUAUUGGAUGCAUGAAAACUGUGUGACUUGGUGUGCUGGUGUAUUUCUUGUAAGAGGGAAGUUAUAUGGGUUGUUGGAAGCUAUCAACAUUGCACAGGAGACGUUCUGUUCCAUGUGUCAGAAGACUGGUGCCACUUUAGGCUGCUACAUUAAAGGAUGCCCUCUUAAGUACCACUAUGCCUGUGCUUUAGAUAGUAAAUGUUCCCUCAAUGAAGAUAAUUUCUCAAUGAAAUGUGCAAAACAUAAGGACAAAGCUCUGAAAGUUUCAACAAGGAUGGAAAGCAGGUGACAAUGAUGCUGCAAUUGAGUUUGGCUGAGCUGUGCAAACACUGGAACACACUUCCUAACAGGACACUGGGAGUACCUUCAAUAGAAGAACUGCAAGGGUUCAAGAAGGCGACUCACCACCACCUUCUCGAGCAGUUGGGGAUUUGUAAACCUACAUCUGUAGUUCCUUGUUUCUACUCUGUAUUAAAUGUACCCUUGCUGGUAUCACCCAGAUCCUGAAAAUUAAACUAAAAAGGAAAAAAAACGCUCUUAAUUGAUUUAUUGUACCAGCAUGUUAACAUUGGCAAUUCAUUUCAAGGACACUGAGGUCGCUCUGAACAUCAACACCUUUCAACCUCUCGCUGUUUAAAAAAAAAACCAACUGCUUUUUUUCCCCUUCCAAGUGGAUUUCACAAUUUUAUUUUUUUUUACUGCCGCUUCCUUUCCCCUUCACUUAAUCUGUCCAUAUCCCCUUGAUGCCGCUUUGCUUUCUCUUUAUAACUCACAUUGCUAACAGGCUCUAGUUUAAUAUCAUCAGCAAGCCUGGAGACUUGAUUCCCUCAUCCAAAUCACUGGGCCCAACAUCUGAGUUCCCAGCACAAUCCGUGCAGAACCGCUCUAGUCACAGCUACCAGAUCAAACUGACUUGUUUUACCUUUAACCACUUCUCACUCCCGGUCCCUAAUACAGUGCACUGUAAUGUCUAAUAAUCUGUUUGGUGGCAACUUAUUCAAUACCUACUAGUAAUCUAAAUACAUUACAUCGGUUGGUUAAUCCUUAUCUAUUCCGACUGCCCACCACUUUCCCUUUUUUUUUACCUGAGGUUUCUUGUAUAUGUAAUUCUUUAAAUGUUGCUUGUGCAUUGUCUUGCCUUUUAGUGUAGUUUCCUGAUCUGCUAUAGUCAGCUCAUACCCCUUGUAUUUCAUGGUUUGAAAUCAUCAAAAUGACAUAGUCAAAUGUAAGAUGCUGUUCAGAACAAAAUAACUUUGAGCCCAGUGGUGCAGCGGUAUAGCUGCAGGGACCCAGUAAAGAUCCUGACCGCCAGUGCUGUCUGUGUGGAGUUGGCACGUUAUCCCUGUGACUGCGUUGGUUUCCUCUGGGUGCUCCAGUUUCCUCCUUUAUUCCAAAGUUGUGCAGGUUUAGAUGUCAAUGGGCUUUUGUAAAUUGUCCCUAGUUUGUAAGGAGUGGAUGAGUAAGUGGGAUAACAUAGAGACUAGUGUGAUCGAUGAUUGGCAUGAACUCAGUGAGUUGAAGGGCCUGUUUUCAUGCUGAUUCUCUAAACAUAACUACCUGAUUAUCAAUGAACCUUUUCUCAUUACAUAAUAUUAGUUUUAAAGUACCCUGAAACCACUGCUUUAUCAACAUUCUGACGUAGAAAAUAUUUCAUGUCAGCUCCAGGAGCUCGUGCUCCACACACUUACAUUAAUUUAGUUUACCCCUUGCUGCUUCUUAGCUUCACCCAAACUAAUACAACUAUGUGAUUUACUCAGACAAAUCCAUAAUGCCUACUGCCUCUAUCGCAUCCUUGAUUGUCAGGGCUAAUUCACCAGUUUUUUCAAUUAGCCUGUCCCUUCUAAAAUGUAAGUAUUCUGUAAUAUUUAAUUUCCAACCCUGGUCACUUUACAAUCGCAUCUCUGUGACAGCUGUUAGAUCUUACCCAUUUAUUUUUGUGUCAUUAAUUCACACUAUAAUUAUGAUUGCAGUGAAAAUUCAAAGAGCCUUCAGUUUUGUCUUUGUACCUUUUUCCUGCUCUGAAUUGAAUUGAAAUAAGAGGAUGAUUGUAUGGCACUUGCUGUUACCAUUUAUCUGACUUUACUAUCUAUUUUGCCACCCUGCUCUAUCUCCUUGUCAUUUAAUAUUUUCUGCAAGCAGAAUCUACUCCCAUCAUUUAGUUUAAAACUUUAUCUGCAGCACGAGUUAUUCAAUACGCUACAAUAUUGGUCCCAACCCAAAUCAAAGAAAGCCAAAAGAAGAGCUUCCUCUUUGACUAGUACUGGUACUAGUGCCCUGAGAAACCAAAUCAACUUUUCUUAUACCAAACUUGAACAUUUCCCUUAUACCAAACAUUUAUUUCCCUUGCCGUAUUAAUCCCAUGACAAGAAGCAGUUUGUGCUGCACUGCUUUUGUAAUUCAUUUUCAAAAUGAUUGUCAAUGCUUCUUAUCUUGAUUUGGGAGCCUAUACAAUGGCUUGCAAACGUUUUCAUACCCCUUGAACUUUUCCCAUUUUGUCACGUUACAACCACAAACGUAAAUGUAUAUUAUUAGGAUUAUAUGUG